AUGUCGCAGCGGCGCAUGACGCUGGCGUCGAUUGACACCAACAAGGGUGCGGUGCCGCCGCGCACGUCGAAGGGAUCUAUGCCGCCGCCGCCUGCUGGGAGUGUUCGUGGCAGCCGGCCGUCUCUGGCGCUGCGCCGCUCGAGCGUGGCGCUGGGUGGGGGUGACGUGCGGUCGCGGAUGAGUUUGGCGCCAGGGCAGCGGCGUUCGGUCGGGAUGGGCCGCGUAUCGCUGGCGCCGGGUGCUGUGCCGCCGCUGUCGAUGCCGGUGCUGAAGGAUAGUCGACUGCGCAGCAAGAAUGCGCGCUCGGCGAUGGAGGCGAACCUGACGCAGUUCCUGGAGGAGACGGGCUUUACGAUGGCGGGGUGGUCCUCCAAAUUUGUGCAUGAGCCGACGCAGUCGGCGUUCGUCCACAUGUUCAAGCAUAUUUACCAGGUGUGCGUGGACCCUGACUACCAGAUGGGGGCGGAUGGCAAAAAGUUUGAGGAGGAAGUGAUGCUGCUUAUGAAGGAGAUUCGGUACCCGUUUGUGGACGACCUGACGAAGACGAAGCUCACUGCGGCGGGCAGCCAGCAGAACUGGCCGGCGUGCCUUGCGCUACUGGACUGGAUUGUGCACCUUGGCGUGGCUGUGGGGCCCUCGCGCAGUGGUCCGAUGGGGCGGGACGAUGAAAAUGAGCUGCAUGCGCUGUUUUUCCCGUACUUGUGGAAGUGCUACGAAAAGUUUUGGGAGAAUUAUGACACGUACCCUGAUGAGCUCGCGGAUCUGGCGCGCAGCUUUGAGCACAAGAACGAGGCGCUCGCGGCGUCCGUCCAGGCCCUCGAGGCGGAGAAGGACGAGAUGGAGGCUGAGUUGCGAGCGCUGACCGACAAGCCGUCGCCGCUGGAGCGCGAAGAGCACGAGAACCAAGUGCUGCAAGGCGAUCUCGCCAAGUUUGUCAAGUACCACCACGAGGUGCUCGUGCCGAAGCUGGACAAGAGCCGACGCACGAUCCAGCGGCUGCACGCUGCAUGGGACGAGUAUUCGUCCGAGCUGCGGGACAAGCAGCAGGAACGUGAGCGCCGCCAGAAGCUUGUCGACACGCAGGACGUGUCGUCGGAGGAGUUUGAGCGGCUCGUAUCGGAGCGCGAGUGGCUUGCGCGGCAGCUGGAGGAGCUCCGUGUCCAGAACCGCGAGGCGAUGGAGCAGUGCUGGAGCCUGGAAAUGGCGCUGAGCAAGCGCCAAGCGGAUGUGGAGAAGCGGCUCCAGGUCUUUCACACUGGGCAGCAGCGCAUCCACCUGCUGCCUCUGUCGCUGCCGAACGGCGUGGAGCUGUCGGAGCUGGAGCUUGUGCCGGCGCACCCGACGACGAUGCUGGCGCCGGGUGUGACGAUGGAGGCGGUGCGAGCCAAGAUCGAGACGAUGCGCGCUGCGGAGGUCGACUCGUUCCGGCGGCUCUCGGACGAGCGUGUGGCCCUCCAGGAGGCCGUCGACGAGCUUCUUGAGCGUCUGGAACGCACGCGGCGCAGCACACGGAGCCUGGAGAUGCGCCACGAGUCGCUGCGCGAGCAGAUUGACGAGAUGGGGCGCAUUUCGAGUGCGGAAGAGGACGAGUCAGGCGCCGAGUACAUGCGGCAGGAGCAUCUCGUCAACAGCAUGGAGCAUGCGAGCUCGAUGGCCCUGCAGCAGGCCGACACGCGGGUCAAGGCCCUGCAGCUGCAGCUGCAAGAGGCGCUCGAGUCGACGGCCGACGAGCGCGCUGCGAUGCACGAGGAGAUCUGCCGCGCGCUGCACACCCUCCUCGAUCUCAAGGUGCGCGUCGGCAAGGGCCUCGAUGCCGUCACCUCGGCGGUGCACGGGGUCAUGCGGGCCUAG